AUGAUGGGAAAAGAUUUCAAUGCAGAAAAAUUUAAUAAUGUAACCGAGAAUUUACAUUUUUUAAAGGGGUCGAUGAUAGCAGAGAUAACGGAUACUGCAAGACAACGUGCUCAGUCAAUGAUUGAUGUUGACGAUCAGUUACUGAAAUUAAUUUCAUUUAUUGAUUUAACUACUCUAAAUAGUGAUGAUACGAAUGAUGUAGUCGAGCGGCUUAUUGACAAAGCUGUCUUACCAUAUCCUGUGAAGCCGGAAACGGAAUGCGCCGCUAUUUGUGUUUAUCCGGCAAGAAUUACAGGCGCUAGACGUUACCUGCAUUCGAAGUAUGACCAACAACAAUCGUUAGCUAUAUGUUCAGUGGCAGCAGGUUUCCCUUCGGGGCAGUACCGAAUAGAAUCGAAAAUAUUGGAAGUGAAAUUGGCAGUGGAAGAUGGAGCUAAUGAAAUUGAUAUUGUCAUCAGUCGUGAUGCUGCGAUGGAACAAGAUUGGAAACGUGUAUACGAUGAAGUAGCUGCUCUGAAAGCAUGUUGUGGUUCGCAUUGCAUGAAAACAAUUCUAGCUACAGGUGAACUACAGAACAAUGCUAAUAUCUAUCGUGCUAGUUGGGCUGCAAUGCUUGCAGGCAGCGACUUUAUUAAAACCUCGACGGGAAAGGAGAAACUGAAUGCAACAUAUGAAGCUGCUUACGUUAUGUGUCAUGCUAUCAAACAAUUUCACUCUCUUACAGGAAAGAGGGUUGGUUUCAAGGCGGCAGGCGGGAUUAGAUCAACUCUGGAAGCUUUGGAAUAUCAGGCUAUAGUGGAAGAAAUUCUUGGCCCAGAAUGGCUUGAACCAGACUUGUUCCGUAUUGGAGCAAGCAGUUUGUUAGAUAAUAUUAUCAAGGAAUUAGAUAAAAAAUAA